CGAAGAGGACGGCGCAUUCGCGUUUGCUGCCGAGCCGCGUUCAUCGCCGGGGCCCUGCCGUGCGCCGCCGCUCCCGGGUCCGCAGCAGUCGUAAGACCCGCUGGACUGUCAGCGAAGGCCGUGCGCGGACACCGGAGGCGAAGGAGGCGUGCAAACGGGAGAAGCCGUUCGGCCACGUCGUCUUCCCACGUCGCCGAAAUGUCUGAGCCACGUCACGUUCAGUUCGAUGAGCCGAUGACGGUUGACGAGGAAGAUAACGACCCCACCCCUCCAGCGAAGAAACGCAGGACUGACGAUGGUCCCAGCCACGACGAGUCCGGAGAAUCGAACGCCCCGACUGAAUCGUCACGACAGAACCCGCCUGACAUCGAUGAGAGCCUCUACUCGAGACAACUAUACGUGCUCGGACGAGACGCCAUGUUACGCAUGGCGCAGUCGGACGUUCUGAUUUGCGGAAUGGGAGGACUGGGCGUGGAGAUUGCCAAGAACAUCAUCCUGGGCGGCGUCAAGUCGGUCACCCUUCACGACGAGGCCGUGUGCACGAGGCUUGACCUGUCCUCGCAAUACUACCUAAGGGAGGAAAGCCUGGGCGAGAACAGAGCCGCAGCUUCCGAGGCAUCACUGGGGCGACUGAACCAGUACGUGCGUGUGGAGGCCCAUACGGAGCCCCUGAGCAAAGAGUUCCUGAAGCAGUUCAGCGUGGUGGUGUUGACGGAGACUCCGCUAGACGAGCAAGAAGAUAUCGCCGCCUUUGCCCGCGAGAACAACAUCUCCCUGAUUGUGGCCGACACCCGGGGCCUGGCUGGGCAGAUAUUCUGCGACUUCGGUGAAAACUUCCGAGUGCUCGACCCAAACGGAGAGGAACCGCUGUCAGUUUUAAUCGCCUCUAUCUCCAAGGACACCGAAGGCGUAGUGACCUGCUUGGACGAAAUGAGGCACGGUUUCGAGGACGGUGACUACGUCACAUUUUCCGAAGUCAAGGGCAUGAGCGAGAUCAACAACUGCCCGCCGAUGAAAGUUAAAGUGCUCGGACCAGACACAUUCUCCGUGGGCGACACAACGCAGUUUGGUGAUUACACCCUUGGCGGCGUCGCAACUCAAGUAAAAAUGCCAAAAGACGUCAAGUUUAAAUCAUUCCAGGAGUCAGUGGCCGAGCCCGACUUCGUUAUGUCCGACUUCGCCAAAAUGAGCCGUCCUCCGCAACUUCAUCUUGGUUUCCAGGCCCUCCACGAAUUCCAGCGUCUGCACUCGCGGCUUCCUCGCCCUUGGAACAAGGAAGAUGCAGAAGAGGUUGUCCGAUUGGCCAAAGAAAAGAACGCCAAGCUGGCCACACCACUGGACAAUGUGGACGAAACGGUGAUUACGACGCUCUCGUACGUGUCGUCCGGCUCGCUGUGUCCCAUGCAGGCAGUGAUAGGAAGCAUCGCCGCACAGGAAGUCAUGAAGGCGUGCAGUGGGAAGUUCGGGCCCAUCCAGCAAUGGUUCUAUUUCGACGCUUUCGAGUGCCUCCCACAGGACGCGGACGUGUCGGAAGCAAGCGCGAAUGCAAUGGAACACACCCGUUACGCUGGGCAGGCCAGGGUUUUCGGGACCGACGUGCAAGACCAGCUGAUGUCCCAGAAUUACUUUGUGGUCGGCGCUGGAGCCAUCGGCUGCGAGCUUCUCAAGAACUUCGCCAUGAUGGGCCUCGGGGGAAACGACGGCCUCAUCCACGUGACCGACAUGGAUGUCAUCGAGCGCUCCAACCUCAACAGGCAGUUCCUGUUCCGACCCGAAGACGUUGGCCGAAUGAAGUCGACGACGGCCGCAAGUGCUGUCUGUGAAAUGAACCCCGAGAUCAACAUCGCCGUCCACGAAGACAGGGUGGGUCCGGAGACGGAGAACGUCUACAACGACGACUUCUUCGAAUCGCUGGAUGGUGUGGCCAAUGCGCUGGACAACGUGGACGCACGCCAGUACAUGGAUAAACGCUGCGUGUACUACCGGAAGCCCCUGCUCGAGUCUGGCACUAUGGGAACCAAGGGCAACGUGCAGGUCGUGAAGCCCGACAUGACCGAGUCCUACUCGUCGUCCCACGACCCGCCAGAAAAAUCGAUACCUGUCUGCACCAUCAAGCAUUUUCCCAACAACAUCGAGCACACACUGCAGCUCCAGUCGCAACAGACAGCAGCCAUGCCUGUAAUCGGCGCGGGAGAGACAUCGCGCCUGGCCCCUUUGUUCGACCCAACUACGUCGGACUCGCCAACCCUCGACGCGUGGAUUGGAAGUGUGGACGACCUAGCGGAAGUCUGCCGUUGGACCGACAGAGUAACAUCUUGCCAUGCGCUCGCAAAGUUGCACGGACCGGCGAAGAUGUGGUACGACUCCCUCCUGUCUGUUAACAAAACUUGGCCCGAGUGGAAGGUGGAACUCAAGCGUGCCUUCCCCACGACAGCAGGAAGGCAGAGGCUUCACCGGGAAAUGGAGGACCGAAUCUACAAGCGAGCGGACGCGACCAACGAAAAGUACUUCAUGCCGGCUAAAGUUAACGGGAGCGAUCUGAAAGCGUACGUUGACCUCGGCAGUCAGUGUGUCACUAUUCGGCGUGAGGAUGCAGAUCAGAUCGGGAUCAAAUACUCAUUGAUAGGGAGGCCGCUGACCAUCGGGGGCUACGGUUCAGGACGUGUGACGCCGUGUGGUGAGGCGAACGUUAACCUCACAGUCGACCAAGCAACAGCCGACGUCCCCGUGCUGAGCGUGCCGAACGAGUCACAGGCGAUUCCUGUCAUCGGGGGACAGCCCUUCACCAAGCAACCUCAUUUUACGAUUGUGAGGCAAGGGAACACCGUGCGCAUCUUUGAGGAGGAGAAAGUGUGGACGAAGGUGACGACACGCUACAGUCCAUCGGAAUUCCGGAUCUUCCGAGGCGCUCGGUGUGCCUUUGGGCCAAAGACUAAGCCCCCUAGUUGGUGUCGUGAUCGCAUCACAAAGAAUGCAACAGGUGAACUGAUGUUUCUUUUAUUCGCUGACCAUUACAGUGACCCCGAGUUUCUGCCCAACAUGACGCAAAGGCUACAACUCAACCAGCAAGUGGUGAUGUUGGAGGAAAUGAAGAAAAUUCUCGUCGACGAGAGAGCAACCGUCUUCGACGACUGCGUUGCCUUCGCCCGACUGCGGUUCCAGGAACAGUACAACAACGAGAUAAGACAGCUGCUCCGCAAAUAUCCCGAGGAUCACAUCACGAGCUCCGGUGCUCCAUUCUGGUCUGGCUUCAAACGGUGCCCUCACCCCAUCGAAUUUGACCCCAACAACACCCUGCACAUGGACUACAUCGUGGCUGCAGCGAACCUGAGAGCUACGAUGUUUGGAAUUCUGCACAAUACGGACCGUGAGGCAAUCGCCGAAAUGCUCAAGGAAGUCGAAGUUCCAGCAUUCGAUCCCCAACCAAACCCUGACCCGAACAACGCCGCCGACAACGCCAACAUUGCAGUGCCGCAGAACGACUUAGAGCGCUUAGACGACCUACUGGACGAACUGCCGGAACGGGAUGAGCUCGAGGACGUGCACCUUAUGACACUGGAUUUUGAGAAGGACGAUGACGCAAACUUCCACAUGGACUUCAUCGUGGCAGCCUCCAACCUGCGUGCCGCCAACUACGACAUCGAGCCGGCCGACCGGCUCAAGAGCAAGCUCAUCGCGGGCAAGAUCAUCCCGGCCAUUGCCACCACCACAUCGCUCGUCGCAGGUCUCGCCUGCCUCGAGUUGUACAAGCUGGCGCAGAAUCACGAGAAGUUGGAGCUGUACAAGAACGGCUUCGUCAACCUGGCGUUGCCUUUCUUCGGCUUUUCUGAACCGAUUGCCCCAGAAAAGAAAAGGUUUCGCGACCAGGAGUACACCUUGUGGACAAGCAUCGACAUUGAAGGCGAGAUGAGCCUGGAGGACUUCGUCCAACACUUCAAGGAAGAGUUUGAAGUUGACAUCGUCAUACUCUCCGAGGGUGCACGCAUGUUGUAUGCGAACUUCAUGCCUCCGUCGGCCAAGCGUCUUAAGAUGAACAUGAGCGAAGUGGUGGAGGACGUGUCCAAGCAGAAGAUCGACCCGGGCAAGCGCUUCUUGAUGUUUCAGCUGAUGUGCACCGACUUAGACGGCAACGAAAUCGAGGUGCCCCAAGUGCGCUACCAUCUGCCGACUCCGGAGGAACCCGGCUCUCCACAGUGAACGGCGCAACAGCAGCUGCCGACGCUGUUCCCGCCACUUCAGUUCAGAGCCCGUGUAGAUGCCGAGACGCAAGCGACGGGCCUCUCUCCUCUCAUUCACAUCGCCUCAAAUUCGAUGUUUACUUGGGCCCCGCACUUCUACGUUUUAAAUUACCGAAAAUUACAACGAUGGAAUGCAAACAAAUUGUUUGCUUUUGCGACUUUUUGCCUGCGUAAAUACGCGCAUAUACUAUUAUCACUU